UCUUUUUAGUUGGGAGCGAGCAAUUUCUGUUUGGUAAAGAGCAGAAUUCUAAUUCCAAAUGUGACUAAACCCAAAUUCUGCAUCACUCGGCAGCCACUCUCUUUCUCAACGCUCUCACUAUCUCGAUUUCUCUCUCCGUAUGAUUUCUCCAGGUUAACAAAGCUUGCUUGAAAUCUUCCAGAUUAACGAAACUCUUUGCAGUUGUAGGAUAAUGGGGCGGAAAGCUGGCGGGCUUUUUAUCAACUCUAAGAGAUUCAGUUCACUUCAUAAACCUUGCAUGAAGGAAAUGAUCAUGUUUAUGAACUGUAUGGCUACAAGCCAUAGCGAUGUUGAAGCAUGUGCUAAGCAGAAGGAAAUAUUAAAUACAUGUAUAGAAUCUCAGAGUAAAAAGAACAGAAAGUCUUGGGGGAGUAUCAAUUAUCAACUGCAGAGGCUUAGCCGUGGAAGGAAGUAGUUUGAUGUUUUCCGAUAUUAAUCAUUUUCAAAAUUCAAGAUUGUGUUAUCUGGAAAGCUUGUAUUUCUAUAUUUAAACAUUUAUUUAAUUAAGUUGAAAGAGUUGGUAGAAUUAUAUUGAAGAAUACCAAGGGAAUAUUUCUUGUAUCAGUUGAAUCUUUAACAAGCUACAAAUAAUUUAUGAAUUAUGAUACCAUCAUCUUGUCA